AUGUUUUCGAACUUCACCAACAUCGUUCAAAAAGCACAGCAGCUUAUCGAUCCUACUCAGGGGCUCAAUCUGUCCAGCUCAGACCGCAACCCCUCGAAGUCAUCGCUAUUCCAGAGCCAAUUUCGCCUGCCCGCCUCCCAGGCGCCCCUCUACGAGAUCAACGCCGAGCUUACUAUCCCGCCCUCCAACGCUACUCAUGGUGAUAAGGAUCACGAUCGAGGAUGGCAUUAUGCUGGAAAGCUACACCUGUCAGAGCACUAUAUGUGCUUCUCGACAACACCCACUAGCUUCGUGCAAUCUGCCAGCCUUUCAACCUCGACCGCUUUUACUGGCCAGACACAUGGAGGAGGACCCAGUGGCAAUGGAUUCACAUUUCCUUUAUGUGCUAUACGAAGGGUCGAGCGCUUGAAUAGCCAGAACUUCCAGUUCGCACUUGCUCUAACUACAUGGAAUGGCCUUCUUGCCGACACCCCUAAAGACAAGAGAGAUCCCCGAGAACAACGCAUCACAAUUCAUCUUGCCGGAACCAGACAGUCCUGCGAACGUUUCUGUGAUGGGCUCAAGAAGGGCCUCAGAGCAGGCGUUGGCAACGUAGCCAAGCUGCGUCGAGUUGCUGCCGAGUGUUACUCUGAACAUCUUUUAAGAACCGAAGAUAAGAAAAAUGUCCUUCCACCGGAUGCUGGCUUGGGAAUGCUCUUCCGGUAUCCUGGAGACCCAAAGAAAUUGCGCGAUAGGGCAAAGAUGCGCCUUUGGGCCGAGUAUCUGCGCGACAAUGGCAGGAACUUUACAUUGAUCCGCCAACCGACUUUCCAUAAACUCAUUCGCGUUGGUCUACCCAACCGACUUCGGGGCGAAAUAUGGGAGCUUACAUCUGGUUCAAUUUACUUGCGCCUGGAGAACCCAGCACUCUUCGCCGAUACCCUGACUAAAUUUGAGGGCCAGGAAUCGCUCGCUAUUGACGAGAUCGAAAAGGACCUCAAUCGAAGUCUUCCAGAGUAUCCCGGAUUCCAAAGCGAAGACGGAAUUAACCGACUUCGUAGAGUUUUGACUGCUUAUAGUUGGGUCAAUGCUGAUGUUGGAUAUUGCCAAGCCAUGAACAUUGUUGUGGCCGCAUUGUUGAUUUACAUGUCAGAAUCGCAAGCUUUCUUCCUUCUCUCGACGCUCUGCGAUAGGCUGGUCCCUGGAUACUAUUCUACGACUAUGUACGGCACACUUCUUGAUCAGAAGGUGUUCGAGUCCUUGGUUGAGAGAACGAUGCCCAUUCUCUGGGAGCACCUUGUCAAGAGCGACGUGCAACUAUCGGUUGUCUCGCUUCCUUGGUUCCUGUCACUAUACAUCAACUCUAUGCCCUUGGUUUUCGCCUUCCGAGUAUUGGAUGUCUUCUUCGUCGAGGGGCCAAAAGUCUUGUUUCAAGUGGGAUUGGCAAUUCUACGAAUCAACGGCGAGGAACUCCUGGACGCGACGGAUGAUGGAGCCUUCAUCUCCGUUCUAAAGGCCUACUUUUCCCGCUUAGAUGAGUCAGCUCAUCCAAAAUCCGAGAACCCAAAGCUGCGUGCAGUGACGCGAUUCCAAGAACUUAUGGUCGUGGCUUUCAAAGAGUUUGCGGGAAUCACCCACAGCAGUAUCACAGAGCUGCGACUGAAGAAUAAAGAUGCGGUUCUUAGUAAUAUUGAGAACUUUGCCAAGAGGACUGCUAUUCGCAACUUGGGCCCUGAAAGUAAGCUGAUGAGCACCGAUGAGCUUGGGGCACUGUACGAUCGCUUUUACAGUAUUCUGUAUGAACGUCAACAAAGAGACCUCAUGAUUCAACAAGAAAAAAUGCGUCGGGCUAAGGCAAGCAGAAUGCGGGCAUCUGAGAUAUUCACAACACACCAUAACGAAGUCGAGAGGGGACGUGUAGGCUUAGGGCCAAGCACGAGUCUUAUGGAUUACGAUGCGUUUCGCGAGUUUCUUGCCAGUAUGGCAAAAUGGGCCAUCUCGGAUUCACCAGGAGCAACCAAGUAUGGCAAUUACGAAGAACGGCAAAAUAAGUACCACAGCGCCAGGCGCGCGUCUGAUAUGUUGUCCCCUUGGGGCACAGGGCCCGAACCUGCCGAGCACGAAUUCCUACGUCGACUCUUCAAGAAGUGGGAUGUCGAUGAUAGCUCUGCACUGACUUUGCAGAAUGUUGUUACUGGCAUAGCGAAAAUCAAAGGGAAGCAUGAUAUAAUGGGCACAAUCACGUAUUUCUUCGAGUUGUAUGAUGACGACGACGACGGCAAAGUUGACCGCGAAGGUAUCCUGCGUAUAUCCGAAGCUUUGCUAUUCCUUUCACGUCGAGGACUCGAGGGUACUCUGAGUUCUGGUGCCAACAGCACGCUAGAGAGUGACGCAGCAAGUGGCCAUGAAUCGCAAGCAAGCUUAGCACCGGGCAUCUCGACUAAUGAGCGAUUCCUGGGAAGUGUGAGCGCCUUUAUAAGACGAUGCUUUGAGUACGCCGACCCUGCAGCCGGACACAAAGACCAGACUCCUAUCACGCCGGAUGACGAAACCUCGAAAGAUGAUGCCUUUGCCAUUGGUGACGAUGAGGAUGAGGAUGAUGAGGAGGAUCUCCUUGGUCUUGAAUCCCCUACUGGAUCACCAACAAAGGCGAAGAAGCCAACACUUUCCACAGAGAGCUCCCUGGAUAACCCCACCGACCCUGAAGCAGCCUCACGACGUAGAGUAUCCAAGGCCAAAUCCGAGGCCGCAAAUGCAGCGCUAGACCCCGCACAUCCCCUGCAUCUUACUCUGCCAACUUUCCGCAUGGUAGUCCUCGCUGACGAGCUGCUGGAGCAAUUCUUUGAGUCGUCUUUUCCCGCAUCUUUUCAUGUCAUAGAGGGACUGCCUACAACGUCCUCAGCAUCGUCUCUGACAACGUUCUCUAGUCUUGGUUUCGGAUCUAGACCUCCAGUUACGCCACCUGUCGGACCUCCAGGAGCGGGACGUGGCCUUCGUGGCGUGCUUGACAACAUCGUCACAGACGGAAUGCGUGUCGCCACUGAGGUCAGAAGACGUAUGGAUGAGGCACAAAAGGAGCUCGAGAAGAACGCUUUACCCGGGCAACGACCUGAGGAGGAUGACGAAGACGACGAUGACCUCGGAGUUGAAGUAGGCGUGAGGAAGGGACCUUCGGCCAGUACCGACAUGGAACGGCGGUCCGUAAGGAGCUCCGAUAGAGAUCUACUAGAUGGAGCGGAUGCAGAGGCUGGUGCAUCAGCAAAGCCGCAAGAACCGAGUUUGCUUGACGUGAACCCCAGUGAUGAUCAUCCUCGUGCCGGUACGGCAACUUCAUCAGGAUCGACUGGAGGAUCAGCAGUCGUGGAGUUUGAAGGCUAG